UGUUAAAGUGCUUCAUUUUGGUCUCGCGGUGUUUUGAGCCGCUUGGCCUUCCACAGGGCGGGGAUCGUAGCCUAGUGAAAAGGCUCGGAAGUGAGACGCGAGUGUGGAGUUCCGUGGGAACGCUUUAAUAGUGCGGCUUAAUAUUUACUAAGGGCUUUGUUCCUGUUGCGGAAGUGAUUUUUUAGGGUUAGAGCUUUGAUUUUAUUUCCACUACAUCUGAGCUGCUGUGUUGUUCCUCUCAUGAUGAUGUAAAGACAAGUGGCUCUGGACCUGGACCUGGACCUGGACCUGGACCUGGACCUGAUGAAGUGAUGGCAGAAUAAAGAGCAGCACACAAACACACAUAUACACACACACACACACACACACACACACACACACACACACACACACUCUCUCUCUCUCUCCUCUUUAGUUGCUGCUGUGUGUGACAUGUGGUGUGUUUUUGAUUGUCACAAUGAGCUUCCCAGAGAACAAAAGCACCACAUGCACGUCCUACAUGCUACAGAUACACGUGAGACCGCCCCUCAGUUCACGUCAGUCCUGCACAGUCAGGGUGCGAAAGGACACCACGGCGGCCCUGGUGGUGCAGAGCAUCGUUGAGCUGCUUGAACUCGACUCCUCUCAGCCGUACGAGCUGAUGGAGGUGAGGGAACAUGCAGGGGACAAACACGUCCUCCGGAUGGACGACUGUCUUGUGGAUCGCCUGCUGCUUUGGCCUCAGGAACAUGAGGAACAUCAGGGUUAUUAUUUCACCUUUCAGGAGGGCAAAGACGUGAAGGAUCUGUGCAGCCUCGCUGUGAUUAAUGAGGCCAGUAUUCUAGAAACUCUACGCUGUCGCUUCUACAGGAGCCAAAUCUACACGUAUGCCAGUAACAUCCUCAUCAGCAUCAACCCCUUCAAGUUCCUCCCAAUCUACAACCCCAAAAAUCUGCAUAGGUACGAGAAUUGCAUUCUGGGAAAAGAAGAACCUCACAUCUUCGCUAUAGCAGACGCUGCAUUCUGGGCCAUGCUGAACAAACGUAGCAAUCAGUGCAUCGUCAUCUCCGGAGAAAGCGGCUCGGGGAAAACACAGAGCACCAACUUCAUUAUCCACUGUCUGACGGCGCUGAGCAGGAAAGGCUGCACCAGCGGUGUGGAGAGGACCAUCUUAGGGGCUGGACCAGUACUGGAGGCUUUCGGAAACGCAAAGACGACGUACAACAACAACUCCAGUCGCUUUGGGAAGUUUAUCCAGGUGAAUUUCCUGGAAGGAGGAAUUGUUAGAGGAGCCACAAUAGAGAAGUACCUGUUGGAGAAAUGUCGUCUUGUUUCAAGGAAGAGCAGAGAAAGAAACUAUCAUGUGUUUUAUUACCUGCUUGUCGGAGCAUCUCAGGAAGAAAAAGAAGAGUUCAGACUUUUAGAACCUGAAAAUUAUUAUUACCUCAAACAGGAUCAGUGUGACAUAGAUGAUGCAGCAGAGAUUAAGUGUGAGUUUAAGAGACUUCAGCAGGCCAUGGAGAUGGUCGGCUUCCUGCCUGCUACCAAGAAACAAAUAUUCUCUGUGCUUUCUGCAAUUCUGUAUCUGGGAAACGUGAGCUAUGAGCCGAGAGCAGAUGGAGACGGAGUGACUGUGGGACCCCCAGAUGUUCUUCAGACUCUCUCUGAACUGCUCAAGGUGAGAGAGGAUCUUCUAAUCAAGGCUCUGACUUGGAGGAAAACUCAGACAGCAAAUGACGUCCUUGUGCUGCGCUACAGCCUUAAUGAGGCAAUCACUACACGAGACUCGAUGGCUAAAUCUCUGUACAGCUCUCUGUUUGACUGGAUCGUCCUCCGCAUCAACCACGCUCUCCUCAAUAAGAGGGACAUGGAGGAUGCUGUCCCGUGUCUCUCUAUCGGUGUGUUAGACAUUUUUGGCUUUGAGGAUUUUAAGGCCAACAGCUUUGAGCAGUUCUGCAUUAACUAUGCUAACGAGCAGCUACAGAAUUACUUCAACCAACACAUCUUCCUCCUUGAACAGGCAGACUAUGUGUUGGAGGGAAUCAGCUGGACCUCAGUGAGUUACACAGAUAAUAUUGGUUGCAUUAAUCUGAUCAGUAAGAAGCCCACAGGUCUGCUGUACCUGCUGGAUGAGGAGAGCAGUUUACCUCAGGCCACUUACAGUACACUGUUGGAGAAGUUUAAACGGCAGCAUCGAGAGAACCCGUUCUUUAUUUCUACACCAGUUCUAGAGCCAGCGUUCAUUAUCCGACACUAUGCCGGCAAUGUCAAAUAUCAAAUAAAGGAUUUCAGAGAGAAAAACACGGAUCAUGUGAGGCCUGAUAUCGUGGCUCUCCUGCGCAGUAGUGAACGAGGAUUUCUGAGGUGCAUAAUUAGUACAGACCCAGUUGCAGUGUUCAGGUGGGGAAUUCUCCGGGCCACUAUACGUGCAGUGUGUGCCAUGAAAGAGGCGGGGAGACGCUGGGCCACUGAAAAUCCAGGUACGACAGUAAGGAGAUACUCUCGUGACUCCCUGAAGGCACAGAAGAGACCGAGCUCCUCCAUUGGGCGAUUGAUGAGCCAGUCUUAUCUCAUCGACUUCUCCUUCGACCGCUCUGAGGAGUAUCCACUUGAGAUGUUGGAGGACGUCUUUGCCACAUUCGAAAAUAAAAAGAAGAGUCGCUCGGGCCGCAACAAACAGAUCAUACCAAAGAAUCUGUUGGACUGUCGAUGUCUGAAGCUCAUCAUGGACUUGAAUCUUUACAACAGCGACACUCGUGCUUUACUCCACCUGCACAAGAAGAAGAAACCUCCCAGCAUCAGCGCCCAGUACCAGACAUCUCUGGUGAAGCUGAUGGAUACACUGAGGAGAGCCGAGCCAUUCUUUGUACGCUGUAUUAGAUCCAAUGCUGAGAAGAGGGAAAUGCAGUUUGAUGAUGACUUUGUCCUUAGACAGUUGAGGUACACUGGCAUGUUGGAGACGGUUCGCAUUAAGAGAUCGGGUUACGGAGCUAAGUUCACUUUUAAGGAGUUCAGGGAUGAAUUCAGGAUUUUGCUGCCCAGUAGAUCAUCAUCUCUCCAGCAGGACAUCGAGAAUCUUCUGUGUAAAAUCACUUCAGACAAGAACAAUUGGCAGAUUGGCAAGACCAAGGUGUUUUUAAAGGAGAUGGAGCGACUGAAGCUCCAGGAGACACUGCACAAGGAAGUGAUGCGGAGAAUCCUCCUGCUGCAGCGCUGGUUUCGGGUGUGUCUCGCUCGCAAACAAUACCUGAUGAAGAAGAGAGCCAUCAUCAUUGUACAGAGAUCAUGGCGAAGUUUUCGAGCGUCGACCAAGUGCAGAGCUGCCUUCGUGAUCCAGAAAGCAUGGAGACAUUCUCAUGAGCGAGCAGAGUAUCUGCGUCAGAGAGAGAGCCUGAGGAACCUGCAGCAGCUUAAACAGAGCUCAGAGACUCGCAGGCGUCUGCAGGAGGAGCAAGGGAGUAGGGCAGAUGGCCUUAAGGGUACUACAGGAAGUGUGGACAGCAGGAAUGAGAUGCUGCCACCACGCCUUGAUGGUAAAGCAAAGCCACUGCCUCCCUUACCCGCCCAUGCACCAGCAGAGAAGGAGAAUGUGAAGAACCUCAGAAACGAGCCGCAGCAGAACCCAGGUGGCGUCACGGAGCCGACAGAGAGAAGAGCGAAUGAGGGGAAAGACAGAAACGCAUCUGUAGCUCCGCCCAAACCCGACCCACUCACCGAACCAAAAGCAGACGACGGUGGCGGCACGCUGCAGCGCUCCAAACCAGCCAACAUGAAGGAGAAAGUGGAGAAGUGGAGAGAGCGAAGGAGUGACAUCGAGAACUUCAGGAUAAGCAAAUUAAACGGUCGAGGAAUCUCAAUGUCUCUGGAUAAUCUGAACUUCAGAACGAGUUCGUCUGAGUCUGACAGCACGUCUCCGUCUACCUCUGAGGUGACACUGCGUAGACGUAAGCGCUCGAGACACAAGCGGCGAUUGGCUAAUGCCCGCAGCGGCCUCAUGCUGAAGGCCACAGCGGAGUGUGAGGAUUACUGGAUUUUCCCACUUCCUCCCUUCAGCCCGGGAAGCUCAUAUCGGUCCAGUGCCCCUGUGGUGCUCGAGAAAAGCGAGUUGCCUGAUGGACUAAAAUCCCAUGUGACACAGAGUGACGCCACACACACACAACCACUCGCUCCUGAAAAAGGAGGAUUUUUUGGGCGAUAUUUCCCUUUGGGUCAAAAGAAGCGUCUCACACCUCAGGACGGAAACAUGACGAUGGCCAAGACACUGGGAGAGAGAGACGAGCACUUGAAGAGGUCCAGCAGUAACUCCCCCACGUCACUGAGUCCAUCCUCACUGGUGAGUUGUAAGAGACAGAGUAUAAAGAUCAGCCGAGGGACUCGAGUGAGGGAGCAGAGCAACACCUCCCUUAACCGCCAGAUCACUGACGGCACAGAACUACGUCACCUAGACGAGUUCCUGGGAAACCAGAUGAAUGAUCUACAGUCCCGAGCGAAGUCUCUGUCAGAGACGGAGGUGAUUUUCCUGACGGCCACAACGCAGUUCAGAGACACUAUAAAGAGCAUGUACUCUCUCUCUAACCCUCAGAUCAGUUAUAAAGGCCUACUGCAGGGAUAUAAAUCUAAAGUGGAAACUUUAGCUGCACAGAAGAAGAAGGACGAGGUGCCGCUAGUGGUGAAUUUAUUUCAGUCUGUGCUGGACGGCUUCAUCAGAGCCGAGAUUAAACGAGUCUCAUCAGAGUGUGACCUCACCAAGCCCACAAAGAAGAUGAAGAGGGUUCGAGAGAAUGAUAAGUGUCCUGACAGCCCCCUGGAUCACAUGUUCUGUACGUACCAAGUUAACAUUGUUCAGUCAUGUGACAUGUGCGGCUCGUUCAUCUGGGGUAUGGAGAAAGCCUGCAUGUGCAGCGCAUGUAAGAUGGUGUGUCACAGGAAGUGUAUGUGUAAGAUAAUAACACACUGCUCCAAACACAUGGUUAAGAAGGCUGAAGAAGGGAAAGUCACAGUGUAUUUUGGAGUGCACUUGCCCACUCUGACCAGCAGGGCGGAGCCAGUGCCCUGUGUGCUGGAGAGGCUGUUGGCGCAUGUGGAGAUGAACGGACUGUACACUGAGGGAAUUUACCGCAAAUCAGGGUCCACGCUCAAAGCCAAAGAGCUUCAUCAGCUGCUGGACAAGAGUCCUCAGAGUACCAGUCUAGAUAAUUAUCAGAUCCACACAGUUACAGGUCUAAUUAAGUGCUGGUUACGGGAGUUGCCUGACCCUCUGAUGACCUUUAACCUCUACAACGACUUCCUGUAUGCUGCAGACUUGCCGGAGAAGUCUGAGAGACUGAGAGCCAUAUACAGGAAGUUAGAGGAGCUUCCUGCUCCGAACUACAGCACACUGGAACGUCUUAUCUUUCACCUGGUCAGAGUGGCAAAGGAGGAGUCUUAUAACCGAAUGUCUGCUAGUGCUCUGUCCAUCGUGUUUGCUCCUUGUAUCCUGCGCUGUCCUGACGUUUCUGACCCGCUGCUUAGUAUGAGAGACCUGCCUAAGACCACACUGUGUUUAGAAGAGGUGAUUGUGGAGCAGAUGAAGAGAUUUGAUGAAAAGAUGAAGGAGAUCCAGCAGCUGGAACAUGCUGAGGCUCUGGCAAUUAAACAGCUCACACUUCGCAGACAGAACACGGUCCUGGAGACCAUGAGGGGGAAAGUGGACAUGUCUCGGGUGGACGGCUCAGAUUCAGAGAACACGCUGCUUGCGAGGAUUCGAUCUAUAAAGGAUGAGAAGAGUAAACUGGCCUUCAUGCUGCCCGACCUGGACACUUCUGAUAACGAGAACCUGGACUGUGAGAGCACAGUGAGCUCUGAGGGUCCUCUGGAGAACAAAAUCUCUCUCCUGGACUUGGAAGGUCAGUAACAGGUCAGCAGCGUGCACUGAAGCUGCGAGAGGUUCCUGAGGUGAAAACUCCCCAGAGACGAGUCAAUGCUCAGUCCACGUGUGUGGCCCAAGAUGACCACCGUGAAUCAAAACCCAGCGGACGCUUCACUGACCUCGACAUCCCCUUUAUAGAUGAUGAUGAUGUUUAGCAUGUAAACUUUCAGGCGUGUAGCACUAAUCAUUCACUAUAACGCCAUGUACAACAGGUGCAAUAUUGUUAGCAUGGAAUGUUUACAAAUGAGAGUUAGCCAAGUGCUGUAGCUAACAACUUUCUUUGUACUCAUUUACAGUCAUAUUUGUGUUGUUGCUAUGGUUACGUUAGCUAAUUAGCAUUGUGUGACCUGGCUGGUGUGGAGAGUGUGGUGGUAGUGUGACAAGCUGGCUAGCAUUAAAGUAGGAGCUAAAUAUCUAGCUAGCUAAUUGUUGACAUCUUCACAGAUUAGCUGGAAUGUCAGUGGGAAAGUGAAAUUUGUUAAAUGAUCAUUAACUCCAAAGAGGAACUGAAGCUCGACUCUCAAACCGCUUUAGACUUAAACUUGACCCAAUGAAAAACCCUACUGACGGCGUGUGCUGUCUGCUAGCUAGCAUUGUUAGCUAAUAACACACAUGCUGCAGCUCACAGUGUUCAGUAAGCACAGAGUUUUUAACACCGAUCAGUAACAAACACACUGCGCUGUGUGGGACGUGUCCUAGUCGCUAGUGACAGGAUUUACACAUCUGAUUUUUCACACAUUAUACUUAUUAUUAAAAACAAGGUUUUGUGUGUAAUUACAUCUCUGACUUCAUCUGUUCAUUAUUAAUACACCAAAUGUUACUGACUUCAUUCAUUCAUUUGUGUCUUUGUGAAGUUUCCUGUUCACCUUUCAGCUGUAAACAUCUGCACACACACACUCUCUCUCUCACACACACACACACACACACACACUCUCUCAGAAAUCUGUAUGUUAUGGGAAAAUAAAAUGAAAUUUCAGUGUGAUUUCAGACAGAUCUUGUGAUUAGAGGAGAUGGAGAUUAGAGACUUAUUUCUGCACAUGUUUCAUUCACAAUUUUUUUUAAAUGUUUUAAAAUAAGAGAUAAAAUGGAUAAUAUUUCUGCAAAAGAGACGACUAUUGCUUUGUCUUCCUCCUCUUGGUCAUCGUCAUCAUCUGCUGCUGCUAUUUAUUAUUAUUCAUUUUGAAACGUCUGGAUUUGAGUGAAAUCUGUGGUAAGAAACAUAAUUCUACUGUAUAGGACAAACUGAUUAAUUGCAGAAUAAAACAGACAGAAAUGGUUAACAUC